AUGAGUCAAGCACCCACGAUGACGCAGGGCCCAUCCACAUCGGGUAGCGGCAAGAAACGACGCCUAAAUUCUGACGACGAGGGUGGCCAAGGUUUAGACGACCAAAUCCAGCCCUCUGAUUCAGACUCUGACCUAGGUGAAAGCUCGGAUGGGGAACUCACUCAUCAGGAUCUGCUAGAGCGCAAAAGAAGAAAGAAAGCGAUGCAGAAAGAACUUACGCAAAUUCGGCAUCGCGAUGAAGGGAUUGGGAAAGCUGCUCAGGCGCAUCUGACCCCCAAUUCUGCCACGCCUCUUGCACGAGCGAUUCAAGAAUUCACAAAGAUGCUUAUGGGGAUACCAAGGAAGUCAAGAAACUCAUCUUCUUUGGAUAUUGAUGCGGAACCAAGACUUCCUGAAGCUCCAACCGAUGAUGAACGGCACAAUUGGUUAACACGUAAACAGACUCGAGAAGACUUCAUAAGAAAUGCUCAAGAUAAGGGAAUGAAAAAGUACCUGUCAAAAAAACCUCCCGGCUACAUACCAAAUCGAAAACAACGGAAGAUGGUUGAGCACGACUCGGCAGAAGCAGCUACACUCAAGAAUCCGAUGAGGCCUGUGGUGUUUAAAUCGCGGAUGGCAUCUGGGGGACGAUCACGUUAUGCCCACCAUUGGGGUACUCAGUGCGAAGCUGCACUGGCGAUGGCUGGAUUUCCUCGGGCAACAUUUGAUUGGAAUGCCUCAUGGGAUACUCCAUGGAAUUCAACCACUUCUUCAAUCAUCUUAGCUCAAUGGGUGAAAGUGUACGAUGCAAAUGGUGCCCGAAAUUUUGGAAUACUCAGUUCAGAGAACACAGCCGCAAAUCGAGAAGAAAUUCUUCGACGAUGGGUUAGCAACAAGAUGCCCAAAUACAACGAUCAAACUCGGCGAGUUGAUGAGAUGAAGACACCAGCGGGUAAACAGAGGCUUAUCGAAAAAGAUGCUGAAAAACAGGGGAUUGCAAGGAAGAGACGUCUUCAAACAAAGAUCCAAAAGAUGCGGAAGGAUGAAGCUGUCAAUCUCUUUGGACAAGAUUCCACAGAAGUUGAAAUGAUAUCUCACCCCGAGAUUCAUUCAGAGGACGAGUAUGUUGCAGGCAACUUUGGCUCUCGGCAAAGGAAACGGCUUGAAUGGCGGAGCACGGAACUCGAUGUGUUUAUCAAUUUACUUGAUAAAUGCCAUCCAGGUCGGAAGAUAUUACCUAGAGAGAAAAGGGUGGCUCAACAAUUGAUUGAACGUGGGCCAUAUGCCCCUGAUCCAGAACCCGAUGCCUGUCCACCAAGGUAUUUUCAAGAGUCUUUGGUUAAUCCAGCUUGGCUUGAACAACAAACAGGGUUGAUUGUGGCCGAGCUCCAAUUGAAUGGAGAAGAAUCAGUCAAUAUCAAUCGUGCUAUUCAAGAAGCUAAGGGCACAUUGAAACGCCGUGGUGUUGUCUUGUCGAAUGAAACUCAAAUGUCGGGGUAA